AACGGUAGUUGCGCGGUAUUGCGUGAUACUAUCGAGUUUUUAACAACUAUGGCUAAAGGUGAUAAAGAACUGGAAAAACCCAUUGUUAAUAAUGAAUUACCAAACCCGGAGUGUCGCAGUGCAGAUCAGGAAGACUCGGAAUCGACACAAGAGCAGCCCCUUGACAUAGGAGAGCAUUAUUUAGUGCGGCGUUCAGAUGAGUCAUGGCACCCGGCGGAGAUAAUUCAAACGCGAUACAACGCCGCGGACUCCGGUUUCGAAUAUUAUGUGCACUAUGUGGGCUACGACCGAAGGCUCGACGAGUGGGUUUCCCGCCAUCGCGUCAUGUCCGAUAGGUUUGACAUGUGCGAGCAGUCGAAUAACAAUUUAAAUUCCGACCACCUGCUCACCGAUAAGUCCGGCCGGAAGAUAACGCGGAAUCAGAAACGUAAACAUGACGAGAUCAACCACGUCCAGAAGUCCUAUGCAGAAAUGGACCCCACCACCGCUGCACUCGAAAAGGAACAUGAAGCUAUCACGAAAGUCAAGUAUAUCGACAAAAUUCAAAUAGGAAAAUACGAGAUCGAUACUUGGUAUUUUAGUCCUUAUCCAGAUGAAUAUGGUAAACAAUCUAAACUAUGGAUAUGUGAAUACUGCUUAAAAUAUAUGAGAAUGGAGAAAACAUACAGGUAUCAUCUCAGUGAGUGUACAGCAAGACAACCACAGGGCAGUGAAAUAUACAGAAAAGGCACCAUUGCAAUAUUUGAAGCGGAUGGAAAAGAGCAUAAGAUUUAUUGCCAGAAUCUAUGUUUACUAGCAAAGUUAUUUUUAGACCAUAAAACAUUGUAUUUUGAUAUAGAACAGUUCUUAUUCUACAUAUUGUGUGAAGUGGACAAGCAGGGUGCCCACCUAGUUGGAUACUUUUCUAAAGAGAAGGACUCUCCUGAAGGUAACAAUGUAGCUUGUAUACUAACCCUACCUCCAUACCAGAGACAAGGCUAUGGCAAGCUGCUGAUCGCAUUUAGUUAUGAGCUUUCAAGACUAGAACAAGUGGUUGGUAGCCCGGAGAAGCCAUUGUCAGACCUUGGCAAGCUCAGUUAUCGAUCAUACUGGUCCUAUGUGCUGUUGGAAGUGUUGAGUGCAAGUCGCGGCACAUUGAGCAUCAAAGAUCUCGGUCAAAUGACAGGAAUAUCACAAACAGACAUUAUAUCUACACUCCAGUCCAUGAAUAUGGUGAAAUAUUGGAAGGGUCAGCAUGUGAUCUGUGUAACUCCAAAAAUAGUUGCUGAGCAGCUUGCAAGCUCUCAUUUCAAGAAGCCUCGGCUGUGUGUAGAUCCAUCGGCACUGAGGUGGGUGCCUCCGAACAAGCAGGGGCAUUCGGCCAAGGCUAAAAAGUAGUACAGGCUAACAGGCAGGGCCUAGAGAAGAUUACACCGUUAGUUGCUACCAAAGGAUUCUCUAGGUACAGGCCUGUUUAAUCUUAUAUUACAACUGCAUGCAGUGAGGACUCUUGACUAGAGUAUUAUUAUGAAAUUAGUUAUUAUGCAGUUACACUUGCCCUCAAGCCUCAUUUUUAUGCUAAUUUGAAUAUUGCCAAUUAUUAAGAUCAAUUUGUUUAAAGAUGAGUUGUAUCCCACUAUUCCCCUGUUAGCCAUGUAAAUAUGUGCGACAGGAUAGAGCUAUGUCUUGUUUUAAAUAAUUAACUCUCUAUUUAAUAUUCCGCAAUUCAAUGAAUUUCAAAAUAUUGUUUGAAUUAUAUUAUAUUCACAAGUCUUAAUCUGAUUUAUUGGGGUCAUAGGGUAAGUCAUAUUGCACUGCAUUUGUUGAUAGCAUUCAUGUCCUAGCAAGGAUUUCUGUAUUAAUUAAAUAAUAGUGAUUCCAUUGCUAGCCUCACGAGCGAAAAAAAACCCAAAAAAAAUAUGCUAGUAAAUAUUAAGUAUUAAAACUAUGUUACAAAGUGAGAGUAAAUUUACUUGUUUUGUGCAUAGCUGAAGGCAUCUAAACUCAUAGACAUACAAAACUUGAAAGUAUUGAGCCUAAAACUAUUUCAUUAGCUAGCUAGAAAUUGUAUUUACCUAUCCAGAUAUAGGCACCUUGUUUUUUAAUAGUACAUACUUUCGAAUGUUGCAUGUCUAUUAAUUUGGUUCUUUUUCCACUAGCAAGUAAAGAUUCUGUAAAUAUUGUAGUUCAUGUAAGCCAUAAUUAUCAGAUAAGAUAAGGAAAAAUAGUGACAACCAAGCCCAUUACAUUAUUGUAUAACUUGGCACUAAAAGUGCAUUUUUAUAAUUUAAUAUUUGUUGCCAGUUUUUAUUGAAAUCUAGAUCUGAAGCAAUGUUGCUUUUACUUCUCAUUCAGUUCCUGUACUGGUAAUAGUGAUACUAAUCUUAAGUUCAUUUUAAGUUAAAAAAUAGCCUAGUGUUAGGUUCAAUCAUUUGGUGAUAUGUACAAAACAUUUACCUCUUCUUAAAAAGUUCACAAUUUUAUUUGUUAUGGUAUUGUAUCAUAAAUGUGAAUCAAAAUUAGUAUACUAUAAUUUGAUUUAGAAGCAUUCAAGAAGAAUUGUCUUAACUAUCCAGUUAUAUAACUUCUAUAAUUCUGAACCCGAUAUUUUUAAUAUUUUAGUUAAUGUACCCAAGCACCAAUGUAAGAAAAAAAUGGUUAUUAGGCACAUUUUUCUAUCCAUACAAUUUUUUCAUGAAGAAUUAUUACUUCCUUAACUUCUUAACAAUUUUUACCAAUAUUAUUGGUGUUAGGAUGGCCUUUGUAUUUGUAUAGUAAUAAUUUGGACUGAACAUUACCAAAAAAAAAUAACUUCUCUUUUAAAUAUCCACCUUAAUGACUAUGCAGAAAGAUACUAAAUUUAAUAACAUUCAGUAUGUUUUUUCGU